AUGGAAGAGAGAAAGCGACCAGCUACCCAUGAUCACGAUGACACGUUACCACCUCACAAGAAACAGGCGACUUCGGUUAACGGAGGCUCAAAAGGCCAUGUCGAUGCUGACAUGCCAUGGAAGGACGACCUUGAGCGAUUUCAAAAGGAAGCUAUAUGGCGUCAGAUGCAAGAGCACAAAAGAGAGCGCAAUGCCAUUGAGGCUCGACUGAAUAGUGCGGAGAAGCGCGCACAGUAUCACGACGAGCACAUCAUGAUUAUUGAUGGCUGGUUCAGUGAGCUACUAGAUGAAGUAAAGCUACUUGUCGGAGACUCUGAGAACCACAAGAUAUUUACACCUUUUCCGUCUGUUCUAUUAGACUCGGACUCUGAAGCAUUCAAAGCCCAUCUCAAAGCUCGGUCCUCUGACAUCUCGUCAGCUGUCUCAAAGCUCUUUGCGCAUCGGUCAAAUGCAAGUCCUGAGGUCUCUGAGCUUCACGGCCGCUUAGCCCAGUUGCUAGCUACUGAAAAGAGUCACAUAAUUGAGCUAGAAAAUAGUAGACACGAGAAAAAGAAGCUGGAGGGCCGAUUAGAGGACGCUGUACUUCGUUACAUGCUUGCCGAAAAGAAACUAGAUCGCUCAAAAAGUGCAACGGUCGCGAAAUUGGAGAAACAAGCGAUAUCCGGCGGCAGAAGCGAAAGCGGUAGUGGCCUAGGCGGCGGUAGAGAUGUAUCCGGCAACGAUCAAAAGGAAAACGGCCCAAGUAGCGAAGAUGUUGCUGCAGCCGAAACUGCACGUAAAGAGGCUCUUGCGGAAUCGGAAAAGCGAAAAGAACAAAUUGCUACGCUAGAAGCAGAGAACGAGAAACUAUCGGUGGAGGUGACAUCUUUGACGAAUCGAUUGACAGGGCUGUCCGACGAGGAUUACAGCAAAACGGAUUUAUUCAAGCAGCUGAAGUCGCAACAUGAAGAUGUCAUCAAGCGUAUCAACGAUCUGGAAGCUACCAAUAUCCAGUUACGGGAAGAGGCCACGAGAUUGCAGGCAGAACGCACUGCAUAUCGAACGCAAGUGGAGCAAGAAUCUGCUUCGGUGAUUUCGGAGAGAGAGAGACAGCUUGCGCAAGCUGAGAAUGAUCUGGCAAGAAUACGGACGAGUCGAGAUGAGCUGACCGCGGACAUCACCAUCCGAAAAGCUGCGCAGGGCCAGGAACGAGCGUCUCUAGAUCAAAUAAAAGAAAUGGCUAGCGCAAAGGAUGAAAGAAUCAAAGCCCUAGAGUCGGAAGUUGCACGACUGCAAUUACAAAUUGGUCAAGUUUCAGCCCCAGCCAGCCCCCCAGCAAGUCUAGAUGGCGUAGCACCAGACGAAAUGCAGAACAAGUUUGCAAACCUAGAGAAGCAAUAUAGUUUGCUGAACACUGAACUGCAGUCCAUGGGUACAGCAUUCAGCAAAGCGAACAAGCUCGCUUCGCAAAAGAUUAGCAAUCUGCACUCACUCGAGGAAAAGGCCCAGCGCCUAGCUGCGGAAAAGUCAAAGGCAGAUCAGAAAUACUUUUCCGCAAUGAAAGCUAAGGAAGCCAGGGAGCAAGAAGUACGGACUCUCCGCACGCAAAAUGCGAAGAGCUCCGAGAUUGUCACUUCAAUAAAGGAAACGGAAGCCGCCAACCGUGCACUCCAGGUCGUCACGGAGAAACAGGUCACAGAGAUCAAGGAAUCCUUCCUGAACGUUCAAGCGAAGCUGAGAUUGGAGCAACAUGCAUUGACUCAGAAGAGUGCUCAAAUGGAAGGGUUAAGGUCCGAGAUCGAGGGGUUGAAGAAAAAUGUUGCAACUAAAGAUGAAGUGACAAUCGCGAAGUCAAGCGCAUGUCGAAAAGCAGAAGUUGAGAUUGAAGGACUGAAUGUCCGACUAGAUGAGACCAAGAGAAGCCUCGAGAGCUGGAGAUCAAAAGGGCUAGGCUCCCAGAGCGGCGAGUAUGAAAUGCUGAGAACACUCGCCAUCUGCACAGUGUGCCGCAUCAAUUUUAAGAAUACCGCCAUUAAGACAUGCGGUCAUGUCUUCUGCAAGGAUUGCGUCGAAGAGCGUACUACGUCUCGGUCACGCAAAUGCCCUAACUGCAACCGCUCGUUUGGAACCGGCGACGUCAUGAGAAUUACCCUUUGA